CUCCCCCUUCUCCCAGUGCAUUUCUUCUACGACUCAAACCCUAAAACAUGCUCUCAUCGUCGUUGUAGCCUUCCUUUCCUACAUGGAAGUGUGAAAAACUCCAAUUUCUACAAGAGAAAAAAAGAUUAAAAAAAAACCAUGGCCAACAACCCGAGAAACAACGCCAACAAGAAACUGAAGCAUCAUUGGAACCAUGAUUCCGAUGUUGUCGAGGGAAACCCCGAGGUAUGGGCAACGCUGGACAAGAAUUUCAAGCAGGUGCAGUCGGUUUUAGACCGGAACCGGGCGUUGAUCCAACAGGUCAACGAGAAUCACCAGUCCAAGAUCCCAGACAACAUGGUCAGAAACGUGGCACUGAUUCAGGAACUCAAUGGCAACAUUUCCAAGGUUGUCUCUCUUUACUCUGAUAUGUCUUCCAAUUUCUCCUCUGCGUUUCAGCAACAACACAGCAACGGGGACAACAGGGACGACUGAAACUUUCGUUAUUAUUAAUAAUAAAAAUAAUACUAUAUAAAUAAUAAUAAAAAAGAGUAUUUUUAGGUGUCUUGUUUGCUGCUCGGUUGGGUAUUUUUAGGUGUCUUGUUUGCUGCUCGGUUUAUCUGAAAUAAUUCCUUUGGGAACUUGUUUGAGAUAAUUGCUGGGGUUCAUGUUUUUUGUUUUGUAAUGGCUUAUGAUCGAGUUGUUUUGAUAUGUUACUGUUUAGUUCGGUCGUAAUUGCAGACCACGGUCGCUCAAGGCUUUAUGACCUGCAUGAGUACCAAAGGGUGCUCGAGGCUCGGUGAUAAAACCUCGAGAGACAUUCUAAAAUAUGAACAUAGCUUCGUGAAUAACAUCAAAUCAACAAUGAAAAGAUGUUCGAAACCCGGUCGAUAAAUCAUUUCUAGGAUAUGGCAGUAAGCAAGCAACUGAUGUAUGCUCUAUAAAGGGAAUAUUAUCAAUUAAAACAGACUCUAAACGUUUGCAUUCA